AACCCUGCCUUAAAUUUUGUUUGUCCACGCGAUAUACAUAACAAGUUAAAUACAUAACAAACAAUUUUUGCGAAGUUUAUAAUAAAUGCAUGAAAAAAUGUAAAGUUAGUACAGGAAAGCGGCAUGAAUUAGCUGCUGUUUAUUGAGCCUUUGUCUCAUAGAACGAAACAAUGAUUCACGGGGAAGGUGACGUGAUGGUGCCUGCACAUUUGAACUUUGGUAGGUUCGUUCUGGAUCGACUGCGGAGGGCUACGCCAGAUCACAUUUGCUUGCGAAACUGCACAACUGGCGAGCAGUUGACAUUCAGCGAGUUUACACAGUAUGCAGUCAGGUUGGGAGCGGCGCUGGCACAGCUUGGAGUGGGGAGGGGGGACACAGUGGCUGUGGGGGGCGAGCCUCGCGUCACCUUCAUGCCUACUGGACUAGCAGUGGUACUGGCUGGCGCGGCGUAUACGCCUAUACCGCUUAGUUGCGGCUCAGCAACCCUGACACACAAGCUAAACCUAACAAAGCCAAAAUACUUCAUCUGUACCCGUCAGUUCUGGGAGGCCCACAGCACAACACUAAAGAGUUUGGAAUUCAUCAACACCUUCAUUUGUUUCGAUGACGUUGAAGACAUAGGGUUAUCUGUACAAGAGUUGGUCUCAAACCAGAGCCACGUGGAUGUAGACACGUUUGAGCCCGCUGUGGUUAAUGGAGAUGAUAUGGCUGUGGUCUUAUAUUCAUCUGGGACUACUGGGAUGUCUAAAGGAGUGCUGAUAACGCAUCUUAGCUGUAUUGCGAGAUGUGAUGCACAAGGGUGGUAUGGCUUCGAUUCCUUCCAAACAGCCUAUUUCGCUGGCGACGACCAAUGUGGUUCUUACGGAAUCUUCCCGGUGUACAUGUUUUGGUGUGCUGGCAAAACAAUGGUCUAUUCAGAAGAUGACGUAGAUCUGAAAAUAAUACAAGAUUAUAAGGUAGAUGUUAUGCCAACCGUUCCAGGAUUUGCAGAAGAACUUCUCAGCUCUAAAGUGGAAUACGACCUGAGUUCUCUGAAGAUAGUUUACACUGGCACCGCGCCUCUUCAUCUUACAACUGCCAAAGCAUUCAAGGAAAGAUAUCCAAAUAUCGAGCUGCUGAACAUAUAUGGCACGACAGAGGCGUACUUGAUAACAGCACAAGGGCCUUCACCCAUUGGAACUACGACUAUUGGUGUUGCCACUCCGGGUGUUACGAUUAAGGUCGUCGACACAGAAACUCGAGCCACACUAGGACCGAACCAGCGUGGUGAGAUCUGCGUGAAAAGCCCGUUCCUCAUGAAGGGCUACCUGGGGGCUACCUCGCGUUACCUGGACGAGCAGGGAUUCUACCUGACUGGCGAUCUGGGCUACUAUGACGAGGAAAAGAUGUUCUAUCUGGACGGGAGAUUGCAUGACAUUAUAGUUCACCAUUUGGGAUACAAGAUAUCUCCGUUAGAGUUAGAAGAAGUCCUGUUGAGUCACCCAGCGGUCCGCGAGGCGGGGGUGGUGGGGAGACCAGGAGAGGGGGAGAGCUCCCCACCGCCGCUGUGGUGUUGCAGCCUGAUGCUAGAAUCUCGGCGACCGAGCUGCAAAACUACGUGGACUCAAAGGUUACUUGGUACAUGCAGCUCAGCGGUGGUGUGAGAUUCGUCUCUGAAUUGCCGAGGAACGCCCAGCAAAAGAUCCUACGAACAAAACUGAAGGAGAUGCUGGUUUCAAUUGGUUAACCUUUUACUAUCAAUGACGUCUAUACGCGCAAGCGAUGACGUUUAUACACGUCAAGAUAUGCGAAUAAAUUAUGUAAUAAUA